AUUUGUCUCCUACACAUCACUCCCCUACUCGCACAUCUCAUCACAAAAAGUCGAAAGCAAAGAAAAUACAAGCUAGAUCACCUGUGGCUGCUGAAAAACCCUUCGGGGAUGAUGAAACAAAUAUAAAGGGAAAAUCUGACAACGACGAUAAACAUAGGAAGCAUUUGAGACAUCAUAAGCACCAUCAUCGUGACGAUCAGCGUUCAAGCAAACAUCGUUCCAGCAAAUCUCAUUCUAAGUCUCCUCUCAAUGAUGGAGUACAAGAAAGAGUUAAAAAUGCUUCCGAUGUUGAAAAACGUAGCUCCGGAAGGUCCGGACACAAGAAACCCGGGACUAACAGCUCCGGCCUGGUUCCCGCUUAUGAUAGCUCUGAUGAGGCUGCCUCUCCUGGGUCCUCUAAGUGCUCUAUUGUUUCCCGCAAGCGCCCGCUUGCACAUGGUCCUAUGUGUGUCACCAAUGCAGAUGAUGAUAUCGAUAAUGAUUAUGAACCCUCUAAUAAGCCUGUUAUAUCUAAUGAAAAAACAAAGAGACCAGUGUCUACACUCCCCAGCAAGUCAUCAAGGAUUUCUGAUUCGGAUGCUCUACUUCACAAGUCAAUCGGUACGAAUUCAUCAUCUCAAAAUGAAUCCGGAAAAAAUGUUUCCGUUGCUGAAUCCGACUCAAUAUCUUCUUUAAAAUUUGCCAAGGGUACGGCUAAAUCUUCCUGGGAUUCAAGUGAUAGUGACUUCGAUCCUGAGCAGCUUGCCAAGAAAGAGGCUAAAUCAGCUCGAUCUUCCAGUCGCACGAGUGAUACGAUGAAUGAAAAACAAUCAGGUAAUUUUGCUUCUCUGUUCUUGUGUUUGACAAAUGCUUUUGACCAUUGCAUUACGCCUGAUAAACCACAACUUUCAGGAUACAUCUCAGCUUACUUAUUGCCCGUUGUCUUCUUAUGGACCGUACAUAGUUUAGGGGUAUGUUAUUUCUCUUUGAUUUAUGGAUAUUAA